CAGCUGGGCUGUAGAGAGGAUCCGAUCUAAUUAUGCGGAACGCUGAUCUGGAGUCAGUGUUGUCGUUCAUGAUGGUGCCGAUGGGAAGGAAUGCACACAUGAGCCUCUACACAACAUUAUUCCGGACUUUUUCGUCUUUAUAACGCCGGACAGAAGCAGAUGAACUGAUGACAGGAGCUUCAAUACACGGUCGCAACAAAACCAAGCGUGUGGACAGAAACUUUGGACAUAGCUCGUCUGUCAGGAUCAUGGGAGAGAAUGGUCCUCUCACAGAGACAGACAUGUUCUUUGAAGACGAGGAAGAGGAUGUCGACAAACUGGGCAGAGAGGAGGAAGAUGAAGACAAGCUUGACAAUUUUGACAAAGAGGACAGCAUAAUAUCGGGACCCUCGUCUUCCUCCGGAAGGGUCUAUGAUCGCACGACCGUGCUCAUUGAGCAGGACCCCAUCUGUCUGGACGAGGAAGGCGAGGAGGAUGGGAUGUCCUUUCUUCCUGACGGAGAGGGGGACGAGGGUUCCCUGGCCUUCAUGGCUGACCCGGACGGCAUGUCCCAGGGCUACAUUCAUCAUACUAUCUCACCGGACCAGAUACAGUUUAUUAUUAACCCAGGCUCCACCCCUAUGCCACGAAACAUUGAGGGGGCGACGCUGACGCUACACUCCGAGUGUCCGGAGACCAAGCAGAGAGAGGUGAAGCGCUAUCAGUGUAUGUUUGAGGGCUGCACUCGUACUUACAGUACAGCGGGAAACUUGCGCACACAUCAAAAGACUCACCGUGGUGAAUAUACGUUUGUGUGCAACCAGCAGGGCUGCGGCAAAGCCUUUCUCACAUCGUACAGCCUGAAGAUCCACGUCCGUGUCCACACGAAAGAGAAGCCCUUCGAGUGUGACGUACAGGGCUGUGAGAAAGCCUUCAACACCCUCUACAGACUGAAAGCACACCAGAGGAUACACACCGGCAAGACAUUUAACUGUGAAUCAGAGGGAUGCACCAAGUACUUUACCACACUCAGUGACCUGAGGAAACAUAUACGCACACACACGGGAGAGAAACCCUUCCGGUGUGACCAUGAUGGGUGUGGUAAAGCUUUUGCUGCUAGUCAUCACCUGAAGACACAUGUACGGACACACACUGGAGAAAAGCCGUUUUUCUGUCCGAGCGAUGGCUGUGAGAAGACCUUCAGCUCUCAGUAUAGUUUGAAGAGUCACAUUCGUGGUCAUGAUAAAGGUCCAACGUUCACCGUGAGCAGCAGUCAUCCUCUCUCAGAGGAUGCAAAUCAUUCGCUGUGUCUCAGUGACUUGAGUCUUAUUUCCACAGACUCGGAGCUCCAGGAGAACCACGGCUCUCAGGGUGUGGAUCUGAACAGUGUCACUCCCAUAAGGAUCUUUGAGUUGAUGUUCCAGAGUCCUGAAAACAGUGUCAGCCAGGACGACCCAAAAUCCAGCGAUAACCCCGUGGAGUCUUUCGGUCUUGACCCAUCACCUCAGACGGACGUCCCUGCCCACUCUGCCUUCCCUCAGGCGACUUCAUCCACCUCAUCCCCAACCUCUUCCGUUACGACCCCUGUAUUAGAAGCUCAAGCUCCGCCUACAACGUGCUCCUCUUUGCCAGCCCCGCCUCCUGCUGUCAGCAGCUCAUUACUGACCCCGCCUUUCCCUUCUGUCCCACCCAUCUCGUCGCACUCAUCAGAAGCGUCCGUUCCAUCUACACCAUCGGGCAGCCAGCAGUAUGUGGCACCGCCUCCCACGGCUCAGCCGGUACCCACAGCGGCGGCGACUGAUGCGGUACCUUUGGCUCCUCCCCCUCCCACCAUCACCAUCGCUCCCACUCUUGGCCUGCAGCCUAGCAUUGUCAUGUCUGAUCACAACCUGCAGUGGAUCAUCAGCAGUGCCACCGGCAAACAAACGAACCCCGAACAACAGGGCCCAAAAGUAGAGAAGGUGUUUUUCACCACAGCCAUACCAGUCAGUGGAAAUUCAGGAAACUCUGUGCAGCAGAUUGGUCUGAGCCUGCCGGUUAUCAUCAUAAAGCAGGAGGAGUCCUGCCAAUGUCAUUGUGCCUGUAGAGACUCCAUUAAAGACAAGAGCUCUGCGGUUGCCUCAGCGCAGGAGUCAAAGAGCACCUCACCUCCCCAAACUCUCCCCGAAGCUCCUCCUCGCUCGUGCAGCCCCUCAAAGGAGGAGACCGCCAAACCGUCUGCGCCACCUCAACCAGAGAGCGCGCCGGCCCCGGUGACCCCCAGUCCUGCCGUGGACAGCCUGGCCGGCAUGGACGUUGUGGAUCUGCUCAGCCCGGAUACAACAGCAAAAAUAGAGGCCUUGCUCACGGUCGCAGAUGAGUUCUCCAUAGAUGCUGGAAGCAGCAGCGCCCGCUAGAGGAUCCCGAGGUUUAGGUCUCUUCUUCAUACAGUACCGUACGUGUACGGCAUCACACCUCUGUUUGAGAAACUCAUUCAAGUGUGUGUUUCACGGCACUUACAUACGACUGCAGUGGAUUUGCACGUGGAGCAGUUUGGUGUGGUUUUAAAGGAGUUUUAUCCUAGUUCCUACCCCUACUGCAUCUCUAGAGAGUUUAAGCCCUAGUCAUUCAGAGGUUUUCAAAAAGGAGAUGAAUCACAUAAAACAAGAAGAGUUUUUGGCCGGCCAUGAGCUGUACUUGAGUUUAUAACUUGAAAACCACGAGAUCGAUCCGAAUGUACUGCACAGUUGUUCACUGAUAUACAAGAGUUCAUAGGUAAUGAAGUCAUCUUGAAGUAUUUUAUAUGUAAUUUAUUAGAAAGCCUACAAUAGUCAUGCGAAUGUGAUUUGGAGUUAUUUUAUGUUAUGGUUUGUUUCUCUAGACAGACUGACAUUUACUUGCCUUUUAAAUGUAAUUUAGAGGUUUGUUUGGCUGCCUAUAACUUACUAUUUAAUUUUAUAUAUGUUAAUUUAUUAAAAUACUUCACUGGUAGAUAAUGUAGCUCCCCAUUCACAAAAUCUCCAUUUCUAACUAGGCUGAAGUAAAUCGCAUGAAGCCAGAAUUGAUCAUGCUUACUUUAAAGUUUACUCCUCAAAUCAAUAGAAAGUAAAAACAAUUGAGAUUUUGAAAUGAUGUUUGUGACUCAAGCACAUUUACCUUCUUCCCCUUAAUGAAUUUAUACAUUUAAUGCACUGAAUGAAUGAAUGAAGGGUUAGGAUUAUUGAAUGGCUGUACCUAGAAUGGAUGUUUUAUGAUGGGGAGUUUUUUGCGUUUUUGAGAAUUAGGAGGGUAGACGGGGGGUCAGUGUGCUUUAUUGUCCUGUCACAAAACAAGACGAAUCUGAGUUAUAUAUUCUCUGAUUUAAACAGCCAAUCACUGACAUCUUCCUUAUGCCUUUAUAAUGAUGCGUAUGUCUAUUACUGCACUUUUUCUUUCAUAAAACUUGUUUCUAAACCCGCGUGAGUCUCGCUGUGAUCCGCUCAGGGAUACAGAGGAACAAACAGUGGUUUAUUGCGUGUGUGCGUGCGUGUAUGAGUGAGUGAACUUGACUACACCAAGCAGAUAUGAACCUGCUUAUAGUAGUGCACUACCAACCCAGUGAAUGCCACGUUACCUGCAUUCAUGAUUAUAUACCACUGCUGUAUAGAAGUUUAAUGUAAAUGUUAAAGCCUUUAGAUUAUUGUAUUUGUAUUUUUGUACAGAAGUAUGAGAAUCUGUCAUGUUUUAUGCAGUAUGUAUGUAUGUACGUCAUCACACAGAAGAUUAGACCGUUUCUUGUGUUGUUCUCUGACUCAACAGUUGCCUUAUCCUGCCUUCACUUGUUCUUCACUUGAUUCCUUCAUGUUUCUGAUGCAUGUCUUUGACAUGUUUAAUAAUUGACUUGCUUCUGUCCAGUGACAAUUUAACUCAUUUACGGUACGUUACAUCAGUAGGUCAUCAUAUAAUUCAUGUAUAUCACGCCAUCAAAAUGUUUUGCUUUAGAUUGACAUCUGAAUGAUGUGUCACUAUAUUGUUUACUACAGCUUUUCACUACAUUUCAUUAAUAGAAGCUGUACAGAAAGAGUUUAAUAUGAUCUAAAUUAAUGAAAUAUUCCCUUAUAACCAGUCCUGUCAGUUUAAGUGAUACAUUGAAAUGUGCAAACCUUUUGCCCUGAGCUUUUGUUAGAAUUUCAAUGACAUAAGCCAUUAUAUUGACCUAAACUUCACUUUAAUGAAACCUACUAUGCAACAUCAUAGAGCAUUGAAUACAGACAUACUGGAACAGCAAACCACUAAUAUCUCAUUUGUCGUAUUGAUUCAUUAUAUGAAAGAAAAAUAUGUCUAUUUAAAAAAAAACACUUUAUUCUUCAACAUUGAGAUUUUCUUUAGCUGUUGCACAGUUUUGUUUGAUUUAAUGAAUUUAAUAUGUAUCUGGGCAUUGCAAUGCUUUUAUUCCCCUUCAGACUUGCUGCUUCUGUAUGUAGGUUUGGAUUCAUGUAACCCAUUUACUAGUUACUUUCAGACUAUGGUUUCAUUCCUGCUUAAAAUCAACUUUUGUUAAUGUAGAUCCAUCAUGGUUUUGUGCAGUAAAACAGAUUCAGGUGCCAUCAUCACUCUUCUGUUGUCACACGUGUGAGUUUUCUGAAGGGUAUGAUGAAUGAAUUAUUGCCUGAUACAUGGAUCAGAUGUAGUGAUUGAUGAAUUGUGAUGUUUGAGGUUCAGCAGAGAACAUUUGAAGCAGUUAAGUUGGACUGAUGUGGGUUUUAGUAAAGCUUUUAAAGAGGAGAUGUGAUUCUUCCAUCGGAGCUGCUUUUGAUAAAGUGUGAUGAGACUGUAUAAAGAUCUGUAUUUUUAAAGAAUGUAUAAUGUGAAUUUUUGUUUCUUUUAUGCUUGUUUUGUAUAAAGUAUUAUGGCAAAGUAAUAACUUUUUGAAUCAAAAAGCAAUACAGUAACAGUAAAA